AUGGACAACCCUCCUGAGCCAAUGCCCAAGGUCUCGAUUGAUCCUCUACCUCCAUCACCAGACUCCCCCAAGCCAUCAUCUCCCCCUCCAGCAGAGCAGAUUGUCGUCACCAGUCAUGAGGGCUCUGUCGUUGCGGUCCCGGCAGCAGAACCAACACUCGAAAAGGCUGUGACACCACCCGCUUCUGAUUCUCAACCCCCAUCGCCACCUCCUGCACCUCCACUUGUCGUUGUUGCUCCUGAGCCUGUUCCACCGCCGACUUCUCCUGUCAUUCCACCUCCGACUUCUCCUGUCAUUUCACCGACUCCAAUCAUCCAGCAAGUAGAGCCUGUCCCCGCUCAGGUAUCCGCCGUUCAAACUCCGCCUUCACCCAUCACGACGACCAUCGAGACGACUAAGAAGGAAACCCAAAUCCCCGAAGUGCCACCUGCACCGUCCACGGUCGUUGGAACAGCCAAAGAGACAUCAGCUCCUCCCUCCCCUGAUGCUCCUUCCGCAGUCGUUAUUGAGGCGGUCAGGCAAGACUCUCCACCUCCUGCAUCGCCCGUCGUCGUCGUUACCUCCUCCUCAAGUGCGACACCUGCUCCUGUUGUACCGCUACUGGUCACACAGACAUUCCCGGCUCCGACCAUUCAACGCAGUGAUACGGCUACCUACGAGCCAUUGAGAAGCACUGACAGGGUCCCCGUCCUCAUCUCAACAAGAUCAGCCCCUGAGAUAGCACAGCCAGGGACAAACGAGGCACAUGAGAUACAAGCCAGGCCAUCGCAGAUGAGCACGCGGUCGGCACCUCCAGACGUGAUCGUCAGACGUGACACCCACGUUGUGGUCCUUAACCCUGUGGAUGAUACCCAGGAACCAAGACACUGGAGAGACAAAGUCAGGAAGUUCUUCGUUACCAAGCUCGGUGGUGCACACAUCCUACGCUUUUUUCUGGGAAAACAAGCAAGCAACGUUACAAGUGCUGUGAUUUCAAGAUAUUGA